ACUAUGUAACUCGAUUCUACUUUUGAUUCUAUUAGAAAAUCAUUUGCGAUUCUACUUUUAAGUGGCACUACCUAUGAAAGUAGAAUCGAAUGCCAGUAAUGCCAAGGAAUUGCUCGAAAAAUUGCGAUUUUCGAACGAGGCUCGAAUUUAUUUGACAUUACAUGAACAAAAAUAAAAAGAGAAAAACUAAUAACUCAAAGCGCGAAAUUUAUUCCAACAUAGUUUUUUAUUUGUUAAUUAAAUAUGGAUAGUGUAGGAAUUUGGUUUGAUGAGGAGUCAAAUGAAAAUGAGGAAAGAGUUCAACAAAUACAAAGGAGAUGGAUACGAGAUAAUUCCAAUAUAUUGGAGCUCAGCGACAAGAGCUUUGUUCAAAAUUACCGCCUGUCUAAGGAUGCAUUUACAUUCAUAUUAAAUAGCAUUUCCACAGAACUAAAUAUUUCCAGAAGACAAACUUCUGUGCCGAAUAUAAUCAAAUUAUCGGCAACAUUGAAAUUUUUGGCGACAGGCGGAUAUCAAAACCAAAUCGGUGGAGAUAGAUUUGCGGGACUAGCACAACAAACAAUGUCGAAAAUAAUGAGUGAAGUUUUAUCUGUUAUAGAAAAGGUUGUUUGUCCGAAGUUCAUAAACUUUAAUAUGACAGAGGAGGAAAAAAGAAAAUCGAAGCGGUACUUUUGGGAUAAAUCGCGAAUACCCGGUGUGAUCGGUGUUGUCGAUGGAACCCACAUCCAGAUCAUUAGGCCGGCAACUAGUGAACAGCUUUUCUUUAACAGAAAACUUAAGCAUAGUAUUAAUGCAAUGGUGAUAUGUGACAAUACUAUGGCAAUAAGGGCAGUUAAUGGACGAUAUGGAGGAGCUUCACACGAUUCUCACAUCUGGGGACUAAGUGCUGAAAGGGCUUUCCUCAAAAGAAACUUUCAAAACGGUGAUCGGUCGUCAUGGAUCUUAGGAGACUCAGGGUAUCCUUUGGAGCCUUGGAUUUUGACACCAUACAGAAUAGCAAGCGAAGGAUCUGCCGAAUCAAAAUUUAAUGAAAAAUUUUCGAUUUCAAGGUCAAUUAUUGAGCGCGUUUUUGGUGUUUUAAAAGCAAGGUUCAGAUGUCUUUUGGCGGCAAGAGAACUUCACUAUACACCGGAGAAGGUCACUCAGAUUAUGAAUGUUUGUUGCGCUCUUCAUAACAUCUGUGUAAAAUAUAAAGUUGCGUUACCUGAUUCAAAUCAAGAUCUGGUUUUGGAAGAUGUUAGUGAUCAUUUCAGCUCAGAUCAACAUUAUGUAGAAAACGAAGAAUAUAUCAAUAUAGCAAAAAGGAUUCGAAAUAAUAUAAGAAACGAUUUAUUUAAUUCAUAAAUAUUUUACUUUUAUUAAAUCAAUCAACUUAAAAAUAAGUAAACAUCAAUUCACUAUUUCAACAAAAACAAACAUAAAUAAGGAAUUUCACUUUAAAAGAUAUCACAAAAAUAAAUAAAAUACUUCAUUUUCAAAAAAAAAAACUUGUUUUUGUUACUAUAAAAAGUCUACAAGUUAACAGUCUUCAAUGUUAAAAGUUUGCUGUUGCUUAAGUUUUAAAAUUUCUUUUUUUAGUUCUAACUUCAAUACCAAAUUUUUGUUUUUUUCUAUUGCACACAAUUUUUUGAACUCAAACUUUUCUUUUGCAAAUUUUUGUUUAUCUUUUUUUAGUGUGUACUUUUUUUCAUUAAGUUCAUAGUUUCUUUUCUUAUAUUUCACAAUACUUUUUAAGUUAUCAUUAACUUCCCUCAUAGCCAUAAACAUAUUGUUCUGAUAUUCGAUUUGAUGGCUUAUUUGAUUUUCAAGUAAUGCAUUUUGUCGCUUUUUUGGUGUAAUUCUUUGUCUUGGUAUAUUUUCUUUUUCAGCCCUCUGAGUAUUCAGACUUGUUUCAAAGUCGACGGUAGUAUCAAAUAUACAUUCUUCAUCAGCAUUUUCAAUGCCCACCACGGAUGCUCCUACACUUUCUGUAUAGUCUUCGAGCUGGCUAUUUGAAUUUGUUUCAUGUGCAACACCGAAGCAUAGAGACCUUUGCAUCCCAUCAACUGCUUGAUUUAAAUCUAGCAACUCAAUUACUUUCUCUUCUAAAGCAUUCAAAGAAUAAUAUUUAGGUGGACCACCUCCAGUUGCGGAUAUAUUUAUUCUGUUUUUUCGUAACUUAGCUUUCGUAUGAACUUUAAAAUCAGCCCAAACCUAAAAAGGUACAUAGCUUUAAAAAAAGUGGUCAAUGGUGGAACUUAGUUUACCUUUUUCCAACCGACAACAUCACGCUGCGGAGGACCUUCAGCAUUCAAAUUUGCAGAUAAAUUUAGCCACAACUGUUUGGACUUUUGUCUUGCCUCGGGAGAUUUUAAAUAUCCUUUAGCCAAAUCUGAAUGGCUAGUCAUGAAUUGCACCAUUAGUUCAAAUUGUGAUGUCUUCGUGUUCGGAUUUUUUGAUGAUUCCCUAUACAAAACACAUGCACAUACAAUAAUAAUGAAAUAAAAUCAAUAAAUUAUUAA